AUGACGAAACAAGACUACCUCGAGGAGCCCAUUGCCAUUAUCGGCUCAUCAUGCCGCUUUCCAGGCGGCGCAAGUUCUCCAUCAAAGCUGUGGGACCUGCUGCAUGACCCCCGCGAUGUGUUGAAAGAGUUCGAUCCCGAUCGCAUGAAUCUGAAGCGAUUCUACCACACCGAUGGAGAACACCACGGGUCGACAAACGUGACGAACAAAUCCUACACAUUGGAGGAGGAUACCAGGGUUUUUGAUGCCGCGUUUUUCGGCAUCACGCCAAUGGAGGCUAGGGGGAUGGACCCCCAGCAGCGCCUGCUACUCGAAGCCGUCUACGAAGCCUUUGAGUCGGCUGGAAUGACCCUUGAACAGUUCAAGGGGUCUUUGACUUCAGUUCAUGUCGGUGUUAUGACAAGCGACUGGACGAAUAUCCAGCUUCGUGACCCCGAGACGCUGCCCCAGUACGCAGCAACAGGAACUGCCAACAGUAUCCUAUCCAAUCGCAUUUCAUAUAUAUUUGACUUGAAGGGACCAUCUGUCACAGUGGAUACAGCAUGCUCGAGUUCGCUAGUCGCUUUGCACCAAGCCGCACGAGGCCUUCUCGACGGGGACAGUGAAACGGCUAUCGUCGCGGGGGUAAAUAUUAUUCUGGACCCUACCGUCUACAUUACAGAAUCUAAGCUACACAUGCUCUCCCCGGAUGCGCGCUCCCGAAUGUGGGACAAGGGGGCCAACGGCUACGCACGUGGUGAGGGCACGGCUGCGCUGGUCUUGAAGCGUCUGAGCCAGGCCCUGGCUGAUGGAGAUGAUGUAGAGGCCAUCAUUCGUGGCUCUGGCGUUAACUCUGAUGGUCAGAGUCCGGGUAUCACGAUGCCCUUUGCCCCAACACAGGCUCAAUUAAUCCGGCACGUCUACCGCCGGGCCGGUUUGGAUCCAUCGAGAGACCGGCCGCAAUACUUUGAAUGCCACGGUACGGGCACUCCAGCGGGCGAUCCGAUCGAGGCCCGAGCCAUUAGUGAAGCCUUCUCCACUGACUCGGGUGCGAUAUCAACCAAUGACCCCAUGUACGUUGGGUCCAUUAAGACAGUCAUUGGCCACUUGGAGGGCUGUGCAGGACUCGCAGGUGUGAUGAAAUCGGUGCUUGCCAUCAAACAUCGUGUCAUUCCCCCGAACCUUCAUUUCAACGAGCUGAAUCCGGCUAUCGCCCCAUUUUACGGUCCAUUGCGCAUCCCAACCACCCCAGUGCCCUGGCCGAAGCUACAUCCCGGCGAGCCUGCUAGAGUAAGCGUCAACAGCUUCGGCUUCGGUGGGACUAAUGCCCACGCCAUCAUCGAGAGUUUUGAAGACAACACGGCUAUCGCCCAACAACCAUCCAAUACCGCUUUUGGGCCGUUGCUCUUCUCAGCUGCAUCCGGGACUUCCCUUUUAGCAACUGUUCGGGCUCACCUGCAGCACCUAAAGAAACACCCUGAGGUAAAUUUGAGCGACCUGAGUUCCCUGCUCCAGACGCGGCGUUCCACCCAUCGAGUACGCGCCCACUUCUCCAGCUCUUCACGAGACGACAUACUGGCAAGCAUGGAACACUGGGUGACCAGCAACGAGAAGAUCCCCAGUGGCCAAAUUGGUUACCAUCCUCGCUUGUUGAACCCCAGUGAAGUGCCCGGCGUGCUUGGUAUCUUCACAGGCCAGGGGGCUCAAUGGCCAGCGAUGGGGCGCGAGCUGCUGGACAGGUCACCCGUCUUCUGCCAGACCAUUGCGGACUGCGAGGCCGUUCUCCGGACGUUGCCUGCGAAGGAUAGACCGACGUGGUCGCUGGAGCGAGAGCUCAGAGCGGACGCCGCAUCGUCAAGGAUUAGCGAGGCAGCAAUCUGCCAACCGCUAUGCACCGCCGUGCAAAUAGGUCUGGUGGAUAUACUAACCGUUGCUGGAGUUCACUUUGACGCAGUCAUUGGUCAUUCAUCCGGGGAGAUUGCUGCGGUAUAUGCAAGCGGUAUUAUCAAUCGCGCAGCGGCCGUACAGAUUGCGUAUUACCGUGGUCUCCACGCCCGGCUUGCGCAAGGCGGACAGGGACAAUCUGGAGGCAUGCUUGCAGUCGGGGUAUCGCUCACAGAAGCCACGCAGUUCUGCAGUCAACCGCGAUUUGGAGGUCGUUUGAGCGUAGCGGCCAGCAAUGCUCCGCAGAGCGUGACGCUGUCCGGAGAUCUGGAUGCCAUCCGGGAGGCGAAAGAUUCCCUUGAUGCGGAUGGCAUCUUUGCGCGUCAUUUAAAGGUGGACACUGCAUACCACUCUCAUCACAUGCAGCCCUGCUCAGACCCUUAUCUUCAAUCUCUGCUCGCCUGCAACAUCGAAGUCAAAAAGCCCGCUCCCGGAAAGGCUAUCUGGAGCUCAAGCGUGCGUGGAGAUACCGAGCUGCUCAACGGAGACCUGGAUGACUUGAAGGGUUCAUACUGGGUUUCAAAUAUGCUCCAGACUGUGAUGUUCUCUCAAGCUCUUGAAUCUUCCAUUUGGCAUGGCGGGCCGUUUGACCUCGCGAUAGAGGUCGGCCCGCAUCCCGCACUCAAGGGGCCAGUGGAGCAAACUCUCAAGGCUGUCCAUGGCCCCGUGCCCCCGUAUACGGGAUUGCUGAAACGCGGCGCUAGCGAUAUGGGAGCCUUUUCAACCGCCAUCGGCUCCAUCUGGGCACAACUCGGACCGUCAGCCCUCGACUUCGCUGGUUUUCGUCGAGCGCUCUCUGGAGACGGAGGCAACACGCGUGCAGCCCUCAUUUCGAAGGACUUACCGGCGUAUCCGUGGGAGCAUGACAAGUUAUAUUGGCGCGAGUCGGCCAUCUCACGACGCUACCGUAUCGGAGAUGAUGUGGGCCAUGAGCUGCUAGGGAGGCCAUGCGCCGACAGCAAUCCGCAUGAGCUACGCUGGCGGAAUAUACUCCAGCUGGGCGAGAUACCCUGGCUCCGCGGCCAUGAGGUACUUGGUGAAGUGCUACUUCCGGCAGCAGCCUAUGUGUCUCUUGCUCUCGAGGCCGGACAGCAGAUGGCUAGUCGGGCUGGGCGAGCUGUGAAAUUGUUUGAAGUUGAGAACAUCGAUAUCCUUCGACCUGUAGUGGUGCCAGACAACAAAGACGGCGUCGAAACUGUGUUCGCAGCUCACUUGUCCGAGGGCCUUAACAUUAACCCCAUUCGAGCUCGAAUCUCAUACUACGUCUGCCCCGACCAGGGGAAAGGAACAAUGGUACAUGUCUGCAAUGGUGCGCUUGUUGUCCAUCUCGGCGAGCUGCCCAAGGAAGAGCCCGUUUUACCGCCGCGCCAGGCCGCAUCCCGGAACGACCUCGUUGAGAUAGACUGUGACCGUGCGUAUAAUAUGUUUCAUAACGUCGGACUGAACUACGCGGGUUCAUUCAGAGCCAUGACUCAAAGCAAGCGGGUUCUUGGCUAUUCCACCAGCACGGCAGUGUGGUCCAGUGACUCUUUGAGUGACAACAUGAUUCUACACCCGGCCAUGCUGGACGUCGCAUUCCAGUCUCUCUUUGUUGCUCUCGCCCAUCCGGCCAGUGGUCAGAUCAGCUCCGCUCUUCUUCCCUCCCGUGUCGAACGGGUACGAGUCGCCCCACACCUGCAGCAGAGGCCAGUGGGGGUGGAUAUCGGUGCUGACAUAGAGAGCUGGGUUGUGCAACAGAGCGCCACCUCCUUGGUUGGAGACCUCAACGUCUACGACUGUGCGUCCGGUUUGACAUUCGCGCAAGUCGAGGGCCUGACGCUCAACAUGAUUGGAGAGCAAGAUUCGUCGCAAGACCGACCCAUGUUUGCCCAAACAGUCUGGGCCCCAGACAUUGCCAAUGGCUGGCCAGAAGUUCUUCGGGAUGAUGUAGAGGACGCAAAGGUUCUCCGACAGGCCGAGGACUUUGAGCGUGUCGCGCUGUUCUACUCCCGGCGCCUGGCCGAGGAGAUCGCCACCGAUGAGCGGAGCAAAUUGCAAUGGUACCAUCAGCGGAUGCUGACCAUGAAUGAUGAGCGACUGGGUCUAAUUAAAAGUGGUCAGCACCCCAUCAUCCGUUCGGAAUGGUUGGAUGAUGGCCCAGAAGCCCUCGAGAAGAUCGAUCAGAUUCAUGGCAAUCCCGUUCAGCUGCGUUUACUCCAUGCCGUGGGAAGCAGGUACCCACGCAUUCUCCGGGGCGAGGUCGAACAGCUGCAGGUAAUGAAUCAGGACAAUUUGCUCAAUCGCUUCUUCACAGAAGACCUGGCAUGUCUGCGGGUCAAUCAAUUACUGGCGGAUGCAGCCCAUGAGAUUACCUUCAAAUACCCACGGUCAAAUAUCCUUGAGAUUGGGGGUGGCGCCGGUGGCACCGCGCGAACUGUGCUCAACAAGAUUAAUGACGCAUAUGCCUCGUAUACCUUCACUGAUAUCUCAUCUGUUGUUCUUGCGCAAGCCAGUGAGACUUUUGCAGACUUCGCCUCCAAGAUGAAAUUCGCAACCUUGGACAUAAACGACGACCCCUCUGCGCAGGGAUUUGCUCCAAACUCGUACGAUAUCAUUGUUGCCUCUAACGUCCUACAUGCGACCAAGAAUCUCCAAAGCACGAUGAACAACGUGCGGUCAAUGCUCCGUCCCGGUGGCUACCUCCUUAUCUCCGAGCUCACGGGAAUGGAGGGUUUGAGCAAGCCAUUUUUGUUCAGCGGACUUCCCACCUGGUGGAUUGGUGAAGAGCCAGACCGGCAAAUGCAGCCCAUUGUGCCGAUCCUGCGCUGGGACGAAGUCCUGCGGGAGACAGGGUUCUCAGGCAUUGACAUGGAGCUACAUGACACGGCUGACGAAGCCACACAAUCCUCGGCCCUGUUGGUCACUCAGGCCAUUAGUGAUAGUUUUCUGCAUCUUCGUGAACCACUCCUCACCAUUUCCGCAAACCCAGCUCCUGUCGACGGCCUAGUGCUCAUAGGUGGCAAGAAAUUCCCAACAACGAAGAUAUUGACGGCCAUUCAGAAGCUCCUACCGCAAUCCUGGCGUGGGUAUGUGCGCACGAUUAGCAGUGUUGACGCCGUUGAGACUUUGGCUGAUGUUGGGCCUAAUAUGGAUAUUAUAUGCCUACACGACCAUGACGAGCCCUUGUUUGCCUCGACAAUCACGGAAUCUCGCCUAACAGCACUGCAGGGCCUACUGAUGAGAGCCCGCAACCUGAUCUGGGCCACCAGCGCUACCAACGGACAUUCCCACCCCCCCCGGGCCACCAUGAUCCACGGCAUUUCUCGCAUAAUGCCAGUGGAAAUGCCUCAUAUCUAUUUUCAGGUUCUUGGCUUGGAAGCCGGUCUAUCACCCUCCGUUGCGGCCCAACACUGCUUGGAGGCAUAUUUACGCGUCAAGGAGACAAGGCAGGAGCUCGCCGAGAAUCCGGGGAAUGUACCAAUGGAGGGCAAGCUACUAUGGGCACGUGAGCCGGAGGUGGAAGUGCUGAAGAACGGGACAGUCAUCAUCCCUCGAGUCAUUCCGGACCAUACCUUGAACUCGGUGUUCCUGGCAGCCAAACGCACUGUGACCCAGUCUUUAGAUGCGACUCACCAGCCGGUUCAAGCGGUUGCUGGAAGCACCAGGAUGACUAUUCAGGCGAUUAACCCCCGAGAGGGGAGCAGUCCUGGCACUGUCCCCGUUCAGGUGGAGUUUGCUUUGCAUAUUCCCGCCCGCAAUGGCGAUGGUGUAUAUCUCAUCUCAGGAAGAAGCCUGGAUUCACUUGACACCAGUAUCGCUGCGUCUGAGGUCAAUGCCUCGGUGGUGCAUGUGCCCACAAGUAGGCCAGAGAAAAUUGCCUCGGAACUCUCUAGGCCUGCAGUGCUUUUUGCCGCAGCGAAUCACGUCCUGUCAAGAACCAUUGCAGACCUUGCAUCGCCCGGCAAGCCUAUUUUGGUGUACGGCGCCGAGCCAGCCUUCGCAUCGGGGAUAGCAGAUGAGCUUGCAAGGCGUGGUAUACAUCCUUACUUUGCUUCCUCAGAGUCUGAUGCGCCUGACUCUUGGAUCAAAGUGCACGCCCAGUCAUCCAAACGAGCGAUUAAGCGGAUUCUUCCUCAUGAUGUUGCAGUCUAUGUAGACCUUAGCCCAUCGCCAUCGUCCAUUGGUGACCACCUUCGGGGCAGCUUACCUACCAAUUGUACCACAGUCGAACUUGAUAGGCAACUUCUAAGGAGGGCCUUCUUGGAUGACGCUCUCAGAGCAUCAGCCAUGCUGGGGAAGUCUCAUGCGGAGGCCCACAAGCAGGGGGCCGAUACAGAGCUGUCUUGCGAGGUCAUAGAAGCACCCGAACUUGCCAAUGCCACUGUUGCGUCUCUCGAAACCAAGUACUAUGUUACGGAUUGGCGGAAGCGGGACAGUCUUACGGUGACAGUCCCACCGCUCGAACCGCGAGGUCUGUUUCGGCCUGACCGCACGUAUUUGAUGGUCGGUGCUGCCGGAGGCUUGGGACUAUCUCUGUGUAAAUGGAUUCUGGAGCAUGGGGCGAAGCAUUUGAUCAUUACGAGCCGGAACCCCACCGUCGAUCCGGCUGUCCUUGAAGAUGCUCGGCGUGUGGGAGCGUCGAUCCAUGUUCUCCCCAUGGAUGUUACCGACCGUGCAUCAAUUGAGAGAGUUGUGCAGCAUGCACGGGACACGCUGCCGCCCAUCGCUGGUGUCUGUCAAUGUGCAAUGGUUCUUCGAGACCGACUCUUCCUCGAUAUGAGCAUUGACGAGUUGAACGGAACCCUGGCGGCGAAGGUGGACGGGACUGAGAAUUUGGAUGCGGUCUUUGGUGACGCGGAGCUCGACUUCUUUGUGAUGCUCUCUUCCUCUGCGACGGCGAUUGGCAACAUUGGACAAGCCAACUAUCACAUUGGCAACAUGUUCAUGACUAACGUAGCCGCACAACGACGGGCACGAGGCCUGGCUGGCUCGGUCAUUCACAUCGGACAUGUCACGGAUGUUGGUUACAUUGUCAAGACCAAGGAGCGUACCGAUCAGCUGGCGGAGCACUUUGGCUCCAUCCGCAUGAUGCCCCUAUCGGAGACAGACGUCCACCACGCUUUUGCUCAAGCUGUCCGUAAUGGGCGACCCGGCAGUCAACUAUCUUCCGAUAUUAUCAUGGGAAUAGAGCCGCCCUCCAAACCUUCUCCCCGGGGGUUGACCGAUGACAGCAUUCAUUGGCUUAAAAACCCGCGUUUGAGCCACAUGACCCCAAUUGCGUCAUUGGAUGGCGGCGCGAAUGGGAACGGUCAAACAGUACCUAGUGCUCUGGGUAGUGUCUGUCAGCGCGUUGAGGACGCAGAAACCGAGGAAAAAGCUGUGUCGGUAGUGAUCGAUGCCUUCUGCGCCAAACUAGACAAGACAUUACAGCUUCCUGACGGUCGGGCGGCGGAGAAUGCUGACCGGGCGGUCAUUGAUUUCGGAAUUGACUCCCUGGUUGCAGUGGAAAUACGCAAUUGGUUCUUGAAGGAGCUGAGCGCCGAUGUCCCCGUGGUCAAGGUUCUGGGUGGAGACAGUGUGCUGCAAAUCUGCACGACAGCUGCCAGGACCGUCCUGGCGAGGAGUAUGAGGGACGAGAGAAAGAAGCCCAAGGCUGAUAAGGCUGUUCACUCUGCUACUCCUGCCCCUCCUGAACUUCCUGUGUCUGCACUUCAGGCACCUUGUGUCUCCUCUGUUCCUGUUUCCGCUGCUCCUGUACCUCCCCCUGCUACCACCAUAACUACAUCCGCCGACGCCAUACCGACCCCAGGUGAGCACCGCCCAGUAUUGGUUGGCAUGAAAAGCAGCAGCACUAUCCAAGAUGAGAACUGGGAGGACUCGGCAGCUUCCAGCCCAGAACUCGGUUCUAGCUCAAACACGUCUCUACACGAGCUCGAAGGCUCUGCAUCACCUCUGUCCGAAGUUAUCUCAGAGGAAGACCUGGCUAAGACAAAUGAGACUAAGUUAGAUGCCGGGAAAGCUGCUGCGAGACCUGUAGUCGUCCGCGAGGAGCGUAUGUCUCGAGCGCAAGCGCGAAUUUGGUUCCUCAGCAAGCAUGCGAGGGACCCGGCCGCCUACAACAUGGUGUUCCAUUAUCAGGUGAACGGCAAGCUGAACAUGAUGCGGCUGCGCCGUGCAUUGGAAAUGACCACAGACCAUCACGAGUGUCUGAAAAUGUGCUUCUAUCAACGAGUUGGCGAUGGCCAGCCGAUGCAGGGGCUUAUGAAGUCCUCUGCCUACCAGAUCGAGCACAUCACCGACGGCAAGGAUGAUGACCUCAAGCAAGUCAUGGCUUGUUACAAAACUCGAGUGUGGGAUCUUGAGGCUGGGCAGACUAUGGGCGUCGCUGUAAUCAGCCGCAGUGCUGAUAAGCAUGACUUCGUGUUCGGAUAUCAUCAUAUCGUUACAGACGUCGUCGGUUGGUUGAUGUUUUUGCAGACUCUGGAUCCUGCAUACCGUUUGCAUCCUCUCAGUCGAGAUCAGACUGUGUCACAUAUUGAGUACACCCGGCGGGAACAGGAACAGGAGGCCGCAGGCAGAUACACCCAGCCAUUGGAGUUCUGGCAAAAGGAGUUUGCCACCCUGCCUGAACCGUUACCACUGUUGCCUUCGGCGUCCGUUCGCACACGCCCGACCAGACAGCCCCAGGACCAAGAUAUCCGCAAGAUCCAAAGCCAGUACCGCACGCUCUCACCCGAUGUCGUUGCUAUGGUCCAGGCUACUUGUCGCCGGCUGCGCGUCAGCCCCUUUCAUUUUUACUUCGCCGUCUUACAGGUGUUCUUGACCCAACUGGCUGGCAUCGAGGAUGUCUGUACAGGGAUCGUGGAUGCCAACCGCGGAUAUGACGAGCUCGCCGCCCGCAUGGUAGGCUGUUUUGUCAACGUACUCCCAGUCAAGGGCCGUGUGGCUCGAGGGGAUACCUUCGCUGGUGUUGCUCGUAACGCAUCACGAAAGGCGCUUGAAACAUUUGCCCAUGCUGGCGUACCUUUUGAUGUUCUUCUGGACGCACUCAACACCCCUCGCUGGGCGGAUGGCGACACCGCCCCUUUGUUCCAAGUGGCGAUCAAUUACAGGGCUGCCGGCUGGGGUGAGCUUCCUCUAGGGGCUGAUUGCCGCAUGGCUUUGACUUUGGAUGACGGCAAAGAUGCGGAGCCCCCAUAUGACAUCAGUCUUGGGAUCAUGGAUCUUAACGAAGGCUGUACUCUGGAUUUUCAUUGUCAGGGUGCAUUGUACAGUGCCGAGGCAACGGCGGAGAUGUCGGAUAGCUACGUGCGCCUGGUCGAGGCAUUUGCCGCCAACCCGGACAUGGUCGUUGAGGACUCCCCUGUCUACGAUGGGGCCCGAGUGAGCCAAGCUUGUGAGCUUGGAAGAGGGCCUGAGAUCGACUUUAGUUGGCCGGCCACGCUGUCUCAGCGUUUCAAGGAUGUGUGUCGUCUACAUGGCGAGGAUCCCGCUGUGAUUGACGACACUACCACCUUAUCCUACGACGAACUUGCGCCUCGUGUUGAUUCGGUAUCAAUGGCCUUGAAAUCCGCGGGCUGUGUUGCAGGAGACCGUGUUGCUGUGCUCUGCGAGCCAUCCGUGGAUAGUGUCAUUGCGUUACUUGCAGUCCUCCAGAGCGGAUGCGUCUACAUGCCACUGGAUACCAGCCUACCGGCAGCUCGACAUGCCGCUAUGAUCCGCACCGCCGAACCGAGCCUGCUGCUUUACAACACUUCACUGGAAGACGUGGUCCUCCAGCUGGCUGAAGAGUCGAUUGCUACCUUUCAGGAGAUAUGCAUUGACGAUGUUACGGAGACCAGCUCUGGGGCCGACAUGCCGUGCCCGUCCGACCCUUCCGCGCCCGCCAUUCUGCUCUUCACCAGCGGCUCCACGGGCACGCCCAAGGGGAUCUUGCUUACUCAGGGUAACUUUGUGAACCACCUCGCUCUCAAGGUGAAGGUGCUUGGGCUGGGCCAGGAGCAGGUCCUACAGCACAGCUCCCUUGGGUUUGAUAUGUCGGUAGUGCAAACGUUUUGUGCGCUCGCUAAUGGUGGAUGCUUGGUGGUUGCUUCUCGUCACAAGCGCCGUGACCCCGUGGCCCUCACAAGUCUGCUGCACAAGCAUCGAAUCUCCCUCACAAUUGCAACGCCAUCAGAGUAUCUGGCUUGGUGCCGCUACGGCUCUUCCUCCCUGAGGGAACACGUAGCGUGGCGGCAUGCAUGCAUGGGUGGCGAGCCCAUUUCGUUGCAGCUCAGGAAAGAGCUACUUCUGCUCGGCUUGAAGGGAUUGCAGUUCACCAACUGCUACGGCCCGACCGAGAUCACUGCUGCAGCCACAUUCCAGUUGCUCAGCCUAGAUGAUCCGAUUAGUUCUACAAGCGGCGAGACCGAACAGCAAUUGCGAUUGAAGCAUGCAGUUGGCAAAGCGCUGCCAAAUUACACGGUACGAAUCGUCGACUCUACUGGUCGGCCACAGCCUGUGAAUCAUAACGGCGAGAUCUGCAUCGGCGGCAAGGGAGUCGCUCUGGGGUAUUUUGGCCUGCCCACCGAGACGGCCCACAAGUUUUUCAUCGACUUGCAAACGGGCCAGCGUCUCUAUCGUACCAGUGACCAAGGCCGUCUAUUGCCUGAUGGCACCCUACUCUGCUUUGGCCGCCUAGAGGGCGAUACCCAAGUCAAGCUCCGUGGUCUCCGGGUGGAACUGGAAGAUGUCGAAGCCGCUCUGUUACGGGCCGCUGGUGGUCUCCUUUCCAGCAUCGUCGUCUCUGCUCGAGAAGAAAUUCUAGUAGCACACGCAACGGUAGCAUCAAGUCUCAACCGAUCGGUGAGUGACUCGGAGCUCGCGGGCAUCCUGCGGCGGACCCGACUACCGCAAUACUUUAUCCCGGCUGCGAUCAUCGUUCUGCAUGCUUUGCCCACCAACGCCAAUGGGAAGCUGAAUCGCAAGGCCAUUGCGGGUCUCCCUAUCCCUACCUCAGGUGUCAAUAACCCCGGGGAAGCUCAGGAGGAGGUGACGAUGAACAUCCAACAGGGCGAACUGCGGCUGCUGUGGGAACGGGUGCUACCGGCCAGCUCCGCAGCUACAUUCGGCCGGAUCACCCCGUCAUCCGACUUCUUCCUGCGCGGUGGCAAUUCGAUGUUGUUGAUGCGCUUGCAGACUGUGAUUCGGGAAUCGAUGGGUGUACAGGUCUCUACGCGAGACCUGUACCGAGCCAGUACCCUUGCUGACAUGGCGAAAACCGUCUUUGAAGGCCGCCAACGCGCCGCUGCUGCCAACGGGGACCCCGAGGACAUCGAAUGGGCCACGGAGACAGCCAUUCCAGAAUGGCUCAAGCAAAGAGUGCAACAGCUAACACCGCUGCCGGCUGAGCCGAAGACGGAUGGGCUCCAGGUCGUCCUGACUGGGGCGACCGGGUUCCUUGGUGGCCGUAUCCUCCAAACCCUGCUGCAGUCCCCGGCUGUGCAGAAGGUGCACUGUAUUGCCAUCGGAGUCGAUGACACGCAUGCGAUACCGCAGGAUAAAGUUCAAUACUACCAGGGAAACCUAGCCGAUCCGAAGCUAGGGAUCACUGAGGAUGAGCACGCUCUGCUGGAGCGCACGGCCGACGUGAUCAUCCACGCCGGCUCCCACGGGCACUGUCUGAACAACUACGCAACCCUUCAAGCACCGAAUGUAGCCGCCACGCACCGUCUAGCAGCGCUGGCCCUCCCUCGAUCAGUCCCACUACUCUUCAUCUCCUCCAACCGGGUCUCCUUGUUGGCGGGCCAGACAGAGCAGCCGCCAGUGUCGAUGGCCAACUUCGCGCCCCCGGUUGAUGGCCGCGAGGGUUUGACCGCCACCAAGUGGGUGGGGGAGUCCUUCCUGGAGUCGCUACACGACUACUACACUCGCCAUCAGCAAAAGCAAAAGGGAACCCAACCGCACCGACCUUGGUCCGUCGCGGUGCAUCGCCCCUGCAUCGUCGUCGGCGACCAAGCACCGAACUCGGACUCAAUGAACGCCAUCCUGCGCUUCUCGUUGAUGAUGCGCUGCGCGCCGUUAGUAAAGCACGGCCGUGGCUACAUUGACUUCAAGCCCGUCGACGAGGUAGCCGCAGAUAUUGUCGAGGCGGCCAUGCGCAUGACGCGCGCAAGCGCCGAUGACCAAAGAGUACAGUUUUUGCAUAGCACCAGCGGUGUCAAGGUGCCUCUAGACGGAUUUCGAGAGCAUCUAGAGAAGGUCUACGGGGGUCAAUUUGAGGCGGUUGAAAUGCAGGAAUGGGUGGGAAGAGCGUCAAAGGCCGGCAUCGACCCGUUAAUCACGGCUUAUCUGAACGGAGUGAUGGAUACAGACGAGGAAAUGGUGUUUCCGUACCUUGGAGCCUGAGUAUGAUUUUCUUCCAAAGUGGUGAUCUGGCGUUGGGGACAUGUCAUAUUGUAUAAAGUUAGUUCAAUUGUGUCUGUCUUUAAACUCUGUGAUUUGCGUUACUUGCUAGCUACCUACCCACCUAUCUGGCUCCAUGGGUAGUUCCUUCCUAUCCUGAGUCAUUGGCCCAUCGCGUCUUGUAAUCAAUACUCUAUCUUACCCAUCUCCAGAUCAAUUAAUCAUU